AUGCAUCAUGGCUCGCUGCCUUUGGACUCCUUCAACCCACUGACCCUGCCCAAGGCCCGGACGCCGGGGCUGAGCGGUGACGGAAACAGCCUGCCGCGUGUGCCGUCGCUGCAGGGCAGCGGCUUCCUCAGUGGCGGCCCGAGCGGCAGCGGGACUGGCAGCGUGGGCAGCUUGGGUGGCGGCGGUCUGGGCGGGGGGCUGGGCGGCUUUGGCGGCGCUGGCGGUUUUGAGAGCGGGCUGCAAGGCUUGCAGGGCAGUAGCAACAGCUUGCAGCAGCUGCAGCAGCAGCAGCAGCAGCAGCAGGUCCCGCAGCAGCUAGCUCAGCUGCAGCUAGCUCAGCUGCAGCAGGCACACCACCAGGCGCAGCAGCAGCAGCAACAGCAGCAGCAGCAACAGCAGCAGCAGCAACAGCAGCAGCAGCAGCAGCAGCAGGCACAGGCACAGCAGCAGCAGCAGACUACGCAGCAGAUUUUGAACAAUGCUGGUCUGAAUACCAGUGGGCUUACUGCAAUGCAGAUGCAGCAGUUGCAGCAGCACCGUCUGCAGCAACAGCAGCUCCAGCAGCUUCAACAGCAACAGCUGCAGCAGCAGCUCCAGCAGCAACAGACGCAGCGUCAACAGCAGCAGCUGCAACAGCAGCUCGCGCAGCAGCAGCUGCAGCACCAACUGGCGCAGCAGCAGCAGCAGCGCCAAAACCAGCAGCGCCAACAGCAGCAGCUGCAGCAGCAGCUCUCACAGCAGCAGCAACAGCAGCAGCAGCAGCAGCAACAGCAGCAGCAGCAGCAGCAGCAGCAGCAGCAGCAGCAGCAGCAGCAGCAGCAGAUCUUGCAGCAGCAAGAACUACAGCAACAGCUCAAGGCUGCAGGGCUGGCGGGACUCAGCAGCAACCUGUCUGCACAACAAAUGUUCAUCCUCAAUCGCAACGCGCAAGCCAGCUCCAUCGGCGGCGCUGCUGCCAUCGCAGGCCUGCUGCCCCCAAACGGCCAGCUGCUGCAGAACAACAUUGCGGCCGCCGCCGCUGCCGCCAACCCGACGCUGGCGGCGAACAUGGUGCAGCAACGCCAGGCGCAGCUGUUUGCUGCCAACGGGCUCAUGGCUGGCCUGCAGCAGCAGCAGCAGCUUCAGCAGUUCCAGCAGCAGCUGCUCCAGCAGCAGCUGCUCAAGGGCCUCCCCACCAGCCAGGCGCUGCAGCAGGCGUUUGGCGCCGCCGCCGACCCGCUGUCGCUCCAGGGGGGCGCGAGCAUGCAGUUUCAGGGCCUGCAGCAGCAGCAGUCCAACGCCGCGCUGCUGCAAAACCUGGCGCGCCAGCAGGCGGUGGCGCGGGAAAGGGAGCGUGCAGUGCAGCAGCUGCGCGACAGCCAGGCCGCGGCGGCCGCGGCCCUGCAGCGCGAGCAGCAGCAUGCCAAGAUUGUAGCGCAGCAGCACGCGGCGCUCGCGGCUGCGGGCAUCAAUGUGGGGGGCGGCCAGCAGGGGCUCAGCCACGCCGCGCUCCUGGCCGCGCUGCGCAACUCGCAGGUCGCCGCAGCGGCGGCGGCGCAGCAGCAGCAACAGCAGCAGCAGCUGCAGCAGCAGCAGCAGCAGCAGCAGCAGCAGCAGCAGCAGCAGCAGCAGGCUGCCGCGGCGCAUGCUGCAGCGAAUAACAUAAACAUAUGGGCCUGGGCGGCAUGCCCAGCGGCGGCGGCGGCGGCGCGUUUGGGCUAG